AUGUUCCACUCGGUCUGUUUAGAUAAAUUAUCACGCCUGCCUCUAAUCAAGUGUGAAGUUUAUCAACCCAAGCUCGAGGGUUUGGUUUAGCAAUCACUGAUUUGAAGUCUGCAAUGAAGAUGAACAUUCACAUAUUAAGUCUCGUAUUCUUUGUCGCAUUUACCGCAGCCAAUCUUUUGUCAACUGUUGCGGCUGAUUUUACCGGCGAAACAUGUGGCGGUAUGUGCAUGAAAGUAUUUAGCAGGUCUGGAAAGAUUCUGUUUCGUCGUUGUUGUAACAACAAGGAUUUUGCCAAAGCCUUCACUGUAGAAAUGGAUGUCAUCAAGCGAGUGGACGGCCAAGAGAUCGAUGAUUUAGUCCCUAAAUAUCAAGAUUUCACCAUCGGAGAACUGAAACCCGCUGUGUUGCAAAACGUGAAGGCAAUGAAGCUCUCCGCCACGGCUUACUUCGAGGCUCAAAAGGCACAUUUGCACAUUGACGUCUACACCCUUUGCCAAAACGGAGCGAUCAAAUUCGAUGAUGAUGAGAUUGUAUUGAGAACUGGCUCGAUGAAAUUAUUCCUGAGG